GGGAGGUUAUGCAGUGGGCAACCUGGCGUCAGUGGCUGGGGCCAGUGACCUGCGUUCUGGCAUCGGGGUCGCUGCGACAUGGGACGGACAAGGUGGGCGGAGUUGCGCCGUGGCGCGCGCAGCGGCGACUCCGGAGUAGGGGCGCUGCCGGCCGCAGGCGGCACGCCGUGACGUGUGACGCGCGGCCGCAGACGCUCAGUGGCCCGCGCAGCCUCCGCCCGCUCCAGAUUCGCGCUCUCCGCUGCCGUCCCUCGCUCGGGACGUGGUCCGCGCCAAGCCGCCGACUCGCCGUAUCGUUGGAGCAUAGGCGUCCGUCACUACCGCUCGCCGUGAGAAGCAACCUGAAGUCAUGUCCUGGUGCCAGUCAUUGCUCGUGUCAGCCGUGACAUUGCUGCUGGCCGUGGGCAGCUCGAGAGAAGCGCCCUCUAAUGUGCCUACACUACCGGAGUUGCCUUUCAAGUACCACAGCAACAAGGAGAUUGCAGAGCUGCUGCGAGUUUUUCGGGAUGCUUUCCCAAACAUGACCGACCUCUAUUCCAUUGGACAGUCUGUUAACAAACAAGAACUGUGGGUUCUUCAAGUAUCAGGAGCAGAAAAAGAUCAGAUAGGAAUUCCUAAUGUCAAGUUGGUAGCCAACAUACAUGGUAAUGAACCAUCUGGACGAGAAAUUAUUUUGCAGCUUAUAAAGCUACUCCUGAGUACAUAUGGAAAUGAUGAUCGAAUUACAUGGCUGUUAGAUAAUACAAGAAUACAUUUCCUGCCUACUAUGAACCCUGAUGGUUUUGAUAAGGCAGAAGAAGGAAAAUGUGGUGAUGGCCGAGGAAGGACCAACAAGAAAGAUGUAGACCUCAACAGAAAUUUCCCCGAUGCAUUCCGUAAAAACACCCAUCCAAGACAACCAGAGACUACAGCUAUUAUGAACUGGCUGGAACGUAUACCAUUUGUGUUAUCUGCUUCCCUCCAUGCUGGAGCUCUUGUGGCAAAUUAUCCGUAUGACAACACACCUGAAGACAUCACUGGACGUAUGCAUGAGGAAUCACCUACUCCUGAUGAUGAUGUUUUUAAAUACAUAGCAUACAAGUAUGCUGCCACUCAUCCCACAAUGCAUAAUACCCACUGUGAUAGAUAUAAAGUAUUUGAACAUGGAAUAACUAAUGGGGCAGCAUGGUAUCCUCUUACAGGUGGCAUGCAAGAUUACAAUUAUUUUAAGCAUGACUGUUUUGAAAUUACACUGGAACUGUCAUGCUGCAAAUAUCCAAGAGCAAGUGAAUUGGAGGGAUUGUGGAAUAGCAACAAGGAGCCCCUUCUUCAGUUUAUUGAGCAAGUUCAUCAGGGUAUUCAUGGUGUGGUAAUUGAUGGUGAUACUGGAAUUGCUGUACCUGGAGCAAGAAUCUCAUUAAUUGGACGCAAUGUCACCUUCAACACAACGCAGAGAGGAGAAUUCUGGAGAAUAUUAUUAGAAGGAAUUUACACAUUAAAGAUAUCAGCACCCGGCUAUCUGGAUUACCAGUUUGAUUUACAAGUACCAGAAGGAAAUUUCACGUGGCAGAACAUAACAUUGCUCUCAAACAAUAGUAUUAACAGACAAAUGGUAAGCAAUGCCUCAAGAUCUCUGGAAACUACAACAGAAACAACAGCUUCUAGCACCUAUUCAAGCACUGUAGCUCAAAGAUCACCUGAACCUCAGACAACAACACAUCCUCUUUCACUAGCUAGGGUGCAAACUGAAGAUAUCACAACUGUAUCAGAUCAGAAUGUUGCAUCACUAACUAUUAUUGUUCCACAAGCACUCAUAUGGUUCACUUCUUGCAUUUCACUUCUGUGCACGUCACAAUUGUUACAAAUUCUUUAAAGUGUGUGAGUUCUGUUUUACUUUAAAUAUAAACUGAUUGUUUUGAUCAAAUUGAUCUUGUGUUGAAUUGUUCAUUUGUUUGAAGCUGUAGAUGCAAACCAUGUGGCAGUGGCAGCAGGUCCUCAUUGGCAUAAACUACUUUCAUGUAUUUGGAAAAUACUCAGACUGACUUGAGGAAAUUAGUGGUACAAAUUAUUUCCUGCAAGUAUCAUUUUAGUGACACUGAGUAAAAAUACGCAAAUGACAGUUACUUCUGUUAUUCUGGGAUCUAUUUUAGUGGUUCCCAAUGAUGAAGUUUUUCCUGCAUACUUUCAAGCAUACUUAAAGACAACACACAGACUUGUCAUCUGUUCAUAAAGCAUAUUUAGUGUCAAAAAUAUAUGUUGUUACCAUGCAAGGAGUUUAAUGUUAUUCUGAAACUGCUCAACUGCCACAUCAGAAAAAGUUCCUACUGAUAUUGCAUUAUCAACAUAUAUUGUUAAUUCACGAAGUAACUGAAUGAAGCUCAAUAGGCAAGCAAUAGUUCGUAAGUUUUGCCACAGUAUAGUGAUAGCUAAAAAAAAGAAGUUCUAAAAGAGAAAGGUACAGUAUGAUAAGAUUUUCAAUUUUAGAGGGUAAAAAUUCUCUCACUGCAUCUUUUCUGGCUGUGUACCUGCAACAUUUUAAAGACAGAUGUGCACUACACUGUGUGUUUUGUAACUGAAACAGAAUGUGUUGGUUAGCUGUUCAAAUAUGUUAUCUGUGAUAUUCUCAAGUAAAACAAGAAUUAUUCAUUAAAGCCAAAGACACACACACACACACACACACACACACACACACA